UCCACCCUCCCCCUCCCGGAUCCGUUCCUUCCGUCCUCCUCCCUCCUCCCACCAACUCUCCCUCCCUCCUCCUCCCGGAGGAGGAGCGCCACCCUCGCCUCCCUCCCCGCCUCGUCGUCGCCGGCGCGCGUCGCCCGCGCCCGUCCACCGAGGUCACAGACCUAACUGAAGUCGAGGCACUGUUCCAUAAUCGGCGCGGGUGGUGCUCUGCUCAUAAGGAAUCAUUCAUUCCUCUUUUAUGCUGCCGGGCCCAGGACAAAUGGCCCAGCUGUUGCACCCUCAGGACUCUGGGUUUUAUGGAAGGAAGGAAAUGGGGGGCCGAUGGAGCUUUCUUGAGUUGUUUGGCCUUCGCCGGCGCCUACGGUCCACGAAGAAGAUGAUCUCUGACAAGAAACAUGGUAAGGAAAAAAGCACUGGUGGAAGUAGGCUUCGAGGUUGCUAUGUUCCAUUCAAAGACGAAGACAGUGGUGUCAUGGAUGAGCAGAGAGCUGUCAUAGAUGAGUACAAAAACACUAAAGUUAAAAAUAAACACAAGGGUUCAAAAAAGAGUUCUGGUAAGUCGGGUCUGAAGUCAUUAUUUUCAAGAAAAUUGUACGGAAAGGAAGAUCAGAAAGAGAAGAUGCUUCCUGUUGGACCAAAGCUGCUGCGCACCCUUUCGAUACAUUACUUGGAAAACAAUGACUAUGUUCUGAAUGGUCAGUCAGCUGCCAAUGGUGACAGUUCUUCACACGACGCUAAACUGUCACUACCAAAUGACACCAGUACAAACUUGCAACAGGAUACGUUAAGCAACCUGGAUGGUUCUGGUACUGACCAUGUGAAACGGAAGAGCCACCGUAGCAUCUCCAUGGAUGGGAUUCUUCACAAGGUACCCUAUGGGCAGAGGCUUUCUGGAGAUAACAUUAGACAAGAACUUCCUCGAUCAGCCUCUGCCACAUAUGACAGGGAUGGUCUGAAACCCUGCAUUGGUACUGCUGCAAAGAGACAUGGGAACAGCGGUUUUCGACGUUCGCGUUCCCUAUCUGAAUCACUGGAGAGUUACUCUCACUUGCUUGAUUCCAUUUCAAGCAGUGAAUCCAAAAGGCUGCUGACAAGCUCGAAGUCCACUAGGGAUCACUCUUUGGAUGGCCUUGGUGCAGCAACUGCACUGCAGAGAACUUCCAUUUCUCAGCUCAGAUCAAAAAGUGUGGUUAGACUUGCUGAAUUUCUUGUGAUUCCAGAAGACACAUUGGCACCAGAAGUUCCAGAGGAAAUAGUUGGAGAUGUGAAACUUGCUGUGGAUGAGGGUUCUUGUAAUGAGGUUGCUGGUGGCUCUGAGGAUCCUGUGUCACUUGAAGAGUUGUUGAGCGAGUGCGACGUCGUGGAAUCAUCGACUGAAGACAAUUUAUGUAUUGCUCCUUUAGCUUCAGAGGUGGUUGAUGUUUCAGAAGAACAAGCUCCUUUAGCUUCUUCAGAGAUGGUUGAUGUUUCAGAAGAAGCUGCAACUUAUGAUGAUGAUCUGGAGGUUCUCUCAUCGACCCAAGCCAAGCUGUGUACCGACCCUUCAGCAUCUGAAGUUGACAUCCCAGAAGAACAUGCAACAACCUGUAAUGAUGAUGAUCUUAUUCACUCGUCAACUGGAGCUGAUCCAUGCACUCUUCUUAGUCUUCUGCAAUCAGCAGACGUCGACAUUGCAGAACAGCAAGUGCCACCUUCUGAUGAUCAAAUUCAGUCAUGCAUCACCCAACCUUCAGAAGACAUCGACAUUGCAGAAGAACUGGCAACAAUCUCUGAAGACAAUCAGAUCCAUUCAUUUGAUUCUUUGAAAUCAGUCAAAGGUACUAGCUGUGUCCCUGACUCCAAUAGAGAUACUGAAGAUGAGUUAAAUUUAUGCUGUGAACAAGAAACUGAAAGUCCAACCUCUGUUCUGGACGUGGCCUUCUCAGACCAUCCUGCUGCUAGUUCAGAGAACCAAACAAUGCUGAAUGAUUCGUCGCUGGUGGAAAAAACUGUCCAUUCAAAUGAAGCACAUGGCCAUUUGGCUGAUAAUGAUGAUGGUCUCGAUGCUAGCACUUCUGUCACACUACCAACUAGCUCAUCGACUCUGGAGAGCAUGCUUCAGGAGAACAACCUCACCGACCUCAACGCUCUCCAAGAAGCAGCAGAUGAUCCAAAGAACGAGGCCGAGUUGGCGUACGUCAACGACAUAUUCAACAAGUCGAGCUUCCGCGACGAGGCGCUGUUCGAAGCUUGGCGCUCGCAGAACCGCGCCGCGCUCCAGGAGGACGACUGCCAGCACUACGACGCCGCGGCGGCGGCCAUCGACUUCACCGACAUGUCGGCCGACGAGCUGCUCCUGUUCGACCUGACGAACGAGGCGCUGCUGGACGUGUACAAGGACUACGCCGCCGGCGAGUCCAGGCAGCCCCGCUUCUCCUCCUUCCAGCGGCCCAAGCCCGUCGGCGACCGCGCCCUCAGGGAGCUGCGGUCCAGGGUGGGCCGCAAGCUAGACGAGCGGCCGCAGUCCGGCGUGGAGGUCGACGUCGACGCCGUGCUGUCGAGCGACCUGGGCAAGGCGGAGCGCUGGAGCAACUUCCGGCGAGAGGCCGACCAGGUGGCGAGCCUGGUGGCCAACUCCGUGCUCGACAGGCUCGUCACCGAGCUCGCGCUCCAGCUCGCAAAGUUUUGAGUCUUGAUGAUAGAUAGUUAGCCAUUCAUUUAUUCUGCCUGCCCCAUUUUUUAUUGGUUAGUUAAUUAAUUUAGCUGCUUGAUGAUGAUGAUAUAUACACCAUGGAAGUGUGAGGGGAUGUUACAUUACAUUACAUUACAUUAUCAUGUAGAUAUCAGAAACCAUUUUUGGUUCUUUCCUCCUGGGAGAGGAGAGGAGAAUACAUAGGAAUAUGAGUCAGGAGAAUGUUGUUAGGUCAUCUUAGUGGGAUGAGUCAUCUAGACUAGUUGCUGAGAAUUGAGUGGACAUGGGAGGCACUUGUUUUGUACUAGUGUCUGUUUUGAAUGUAUCUUGCUUCAGGUAAGAAAAAUCUUGGAACAACAAUUUGUCGGUUC